AAAAUAUUUAUGUUGUCUUGAUAAGAUCAGUGUUGGAUUAUGAAUGUGUAGUACUUAGGCAGGCUGCGAAAACAAUGAUUAAUAAAUUAGUAGUAGUUCAGAAUUAGGUUUUGAGAUUAUGCUGUGGAGUUUUGAAGACCUCUCCAUCUUUGGUAGUGCAGGUGGAAAUGGGGGAGAUUCCUUUAUGUUUAAGACAUAAGCAAAUUAUGCUGAAUUAUUGGGCAAGUUUGCAGGGACAAAAAGAAGAACAUCAUCCAGCAGUAAGAAUUCUGAGACUUUGUUGGGAGAGUGGAAAAGCUAAACUAGACUGUUUUGCAUGGGCAGCAAAUAAAUGUGCAAGGGAAACGGAGAAACAGGGAAAGAGAUACUGUACUGCUGUGCCUUAGUCAAUUACACAUUUGUGGUUAUUUCCAUAUGUGAAGGUAGACCAGAGGUUCAUUAAGAAAUAUAGAUUAAUAGAGAACUAAAGGUAGUCAUUUAUUUCACAAAAGAAAGUGGGGAAUAUGGAAAUUAUUGGAGGAAAUCGAAAGGAACAAGUAGUAAUGACAAGAUUAUGGCUCGGAAAUGCAGGAUUAAAUAAAACUUUACAUUUGAUAGGUAAACAGGUAGUUAUGAGUGUGGUAUGGACAUGGAGACAGUGGACCAUGUAAUAAUUCAUUGUGAAAAGUGUAAAGAAAAGUUAAAACAAGAAAUUAGGACAUAUGAUGUUCUUAUUCUUAUUCAUUAAGAAUGAAUAAGAUAUUAGUUAAACAUAAUAAGAUAAAUAAAGCAACAUUUUCGAAAGAAGCAGGACUUGAGGUUAGAAAAAAAAGAGAGAAAUAUUCUGGUCCACACUCCAGCACAGUAGAUGGCGAUAAUGCAUCUUAACAUUAGAUGUCACCCGCCAUUAAAGAAGACCUUAAAAACCGGCGCGCUGAGUUUGACUGUCGGUUUUCUCACACUCUGUAGCGUGCUACUUUUGAGCUAGAGUUAGCAUAGGUUAGCAGCUAGUUAGCUAACGCAGUAGGUGUGAAGAGGUUUCGUGAAUAUCUUGAUAGUUGUACAGCUUUGAUGUGAAAAUCUCCGAAUUUGGAUCUUGUUUCUGCCGUCGUACGAGGAUGGAAGGCGACCGAAUGGAGGUGACACCCAUCCAAAACAUCCAUGUGGAGGUCCAUGUUAAAUCUCUUAGCACAGCUAAACCGUCUGAAGUGAAGAUGCACGUUCAGGCGCUGCUGAAUCGCCACAGCACAACUUUUGGAAACUACAGAUGGACCGAGUUUGAUGACAAAUUCCUGCAUAAGCAUGUGGAUUCUGUGGUCAUUGAUCUUCAGGAGACGACACAGCCCCUCGAUUUAAAGAGCUGUGACGUCUCCAUUCAUGUCUUCACUCUGAAUGAGGAAGGACCCAGCAGGCUCAGUUUGGAAGAGGAUGAAGACCUUUCAGCAGCUAAUCACUGGCUCCUGCCAGCAGCUGAAUUUGAUGGGAUCUGGGAGAGUCUUGUAUAUGAAACAGGAGUGAAAACCAAGCUUUUGGAUUAUGUCACAACAACAAUUUACUUCUCAGAUAAAAAUGUCGACAGCAACCUAAUUUCCUGGAACCGCGUCGUGCUUCUUCACGGACCUCCGGGCACAGGGAAAACAUCGCUCUGCAAAGCUCUUGCCCAGAAACUGUCAAUCAGGCUGUCAAGUCGGUACACCUAUGGCCAAUUUGUGGAGAUUAACAGUCAUAGUUUGUUCUCAAAAUGGUUCUCAGAGAGCGGUAAGCUGGUCACAAAGAUGUUUCAGCAAAUCCAACUACUGAUUGACGACAAAGACGCUCUGGUGUUUGUUUUGAUUGAUGAGGUGGAGAGCCUGACAGCAGCCAGGAAGGCCUGCCAGGCGGGAACAGAGCCGUCCGAUGCCAUCCGAGUGGUCAACGCCGUUCUCACACAGCUGGAUCAAAUCAAACGGUAUCCCAACGUGGUCAUCCUGACGACGUCCAAUGUGACCGAGAAGAUCGACCUGGCGUUUGUGGACAGAGCCGACAUCAAGCAGUACAUCGGACCUCCGUCGGAGAAAGGCAUCUAUAACAUCUAUCUGUCCUGUUUGGAAGAGCUGAUGAAAUGCCAGAUCAUCUACCCCAGGCAGCAGCUUUUUACUAUGUACGAGCUGGAAACCAUGGGCUUUGUUAGGAGCGACGUUUCUGAGCACAGUCUGAAGCUGAGGAACAUCGCUGUAAAAAGCAAAGGUCUGAGUGGAAGAGCGCUCAGGAAAUUACCCUUUCUAGCUCAUGCUCUCUUUGUGCAGACGCCAUCGGUGAGUCUCGAAAGCUUCCUGAAGGCAAUGUGCCGAGCGGUGGAUAAACAGAGGGAGGAAGAGGCCAAUCUGAUCAAUGGUGUCUGAAACUGUUACGACACCUUAAAGCUGGCGCGUGAUUAUUCUGUCAAUCUUUCAUUCCUGAUGUGUUUUUUUUUUUUCUAAGCCUUCACAGUUCAGUUGGCAGCACUUCAAUUAAUCUGUUAUCUAAAAUAUUGCUUUAACAAAUACUGUUCAUCACUUAAAGCUCUUUAUUCAGGUAACUGCUGGUGCUAAUGUCUUAAAGCAAACUGUAUCAGGAAAGGACUUGUUAUAUGAGACGUUGCCUUGUGUUUGCUCUCACUGUCUCACAGCUUCAAUCGUAACAGUUUUUUUUGUGUUUUGCCGUUUUUUUGUUGUUUUUUUUUUGCGUAAAGGUAAACCUCAAAGUGUUCUUCCGUUACUAUCGCGUACGGUUGAUCCUGUCGGUAGGAACCAGGCAUGGGCAACUGGAGAAAACUCCAGCCAGACAUGUUUUCUAUCAUUCCAUUAAACUGACUUUGAACCCUAGUAAGGGGCGUAAUGAGAAAAUGUUUUUUGUGAUUUUAGAGAGCGCAUGUUUUUAAAACGUCUGCAACCGGUUCAUGCUGAGGUGGAACAUUCUCAGUCAGCAGUAUCGUUCUUGUUUUACGUUCUUGUUUGUGUGUAUGAAUGCUGUUCAUGCAUUAUGUUGUAAACAUUUUUUCCAAAGUGCUAUGUUUUUUUUUUCUUUUUUUUCCCAGGUUGUCUAAAAUAUCUAAACUCAUAUUUUGACACUUCUGCAUGUAAUAGUUUAAUAAACCAUGUUGCUUCUAUGUGGAGGAUACCACUUAGUGAUGCACAUAAGCUGCUGCAGAUUAUUGCACAUAAGAAGCAUGUUUUUUUUUUUUUUUCCCUUUUACAUAUAUAGACAAGUUGCAUGAUGAAUGCAGAAAAUCCAAUAAAAGCAGACUGCAGCUGGA